AUGCUAGCCGAAUUGGCGGAGAAACUGAAGAAGAUAGGAUUUCAAGCUGUUCCUCUUGUUCACUGUUAUGCUGGACCUGGAGAUGUGGAGUGUGAUGUCUGCACUGUUAUUUCAAGUGUCAAGUGUCUUAUUUCAAGACACCUCCAGCCUCACUAUGAAUCUCCUGCUUUUAAGAAGCACAGGCUGGUCAAAGCCUCCACACAACUACAGGAGAGGAUCUGCUCUCGUCAUGACAAGCUGCUGGAGAUUUACUGCCAUUCCGAUCAGCACUGUAUCUGUCUGCUGUGUCUGAUGGAUGAACAUAAAGGCCAUGAGACAGUCUCAGCUGCAUCAGAAAGGACUGAGAAACAGAAGCUGCUGGAUCUGAAACAGACAACGUACCAGCAGAUGAUCCAGGAGAGGGAAAGGGAGCUGCGAGAUAUUCAACUGGGUGUGUUCCACAUAACACCCUUUACAGAUGAAGCAGUGGAGAACAGUGAGAGGAUCUUUACUGAGAUGAUCCGCUCCAUUGAGAGAAGGUGCUCUGAGGUGAAGGAGCUGAUCAGACCCCAGGAGAGGGCAGCAGUGAGUGGGUCUGAAGUACUCCAGGAGCGACUGAAACAGGAGGUUGCUGAGCUGGGGAGCAGAGGCGCAGAGCUAGAGCAGCUCUCACACACAGAGGAUCACAUCAUCCACUUUCUCCAGAUUGUCCUCUCCACAUGGGCUGAAUCUAUACUCUGACUCCUUUGACUAUGUGAGAGCGCCUGCUCAGUGCACUUCGCAAGGCGAUAGAGUUGAACAAGGGCUCGGAUAUGACAAAUUAUAAGAAUUUGAAAAUGUGUUCAUUUUUAUCAAAAGUUUUACAAUGCUAAGAAGUUGAUGUAGGCUGACUAAUUAUGUUUGUUGCUAUUAAUAAUAAUGAAAUGUAACAUUGGAAUGUUGUUUAAUGUUUGCUUCCACAUAGAUAUCAUAUAGAAUUUGUCAAAACUAAGCGGCGCAGUAAAACAAAAACAUUUCAUAUUCAACAUGUGAAUGGUGUUAUAAUAAUCCAUCAGCCUUUGUAAUUUAUGACAAUCAAUUAACAAUUAAGUGGGAUUCUUAGUAUGAUUAACAAAAAUACAAUUCACUUUUCAAACCAUUUUAAUUCAGUCAUACUCCAAAUAAGCUAACACUAUAGACAGCAGUUGAAACUGCAUUAAACACUAUAAUGCAAGGUUUUAAAUGUACUAUAAUGUUCUGGAAACAGAUUCUUCAUAGAAUAUUGUUCAAAGGUACUGUAUCAUUAAAUAAUGUGCAGUGUGCGUGUUUGCAUAUGAAGUGUUUGUAUAUGCGUGUUUGCAUAUGAAGUAUAAAUGUAUCCAUAUCAAAUCUAUUGUAAAUGUGAAAUUCAGACAUUAGAGAUGUAUUUUAAUCCCCACCAAGGGAAUGGGCAACAGUGACAAUGAG